CACCAAAACGCUGUCGCAAGCCGAAGACAGUGGAUAAUGCGACAGGCACAUCCACCGACGACGCUCUUAUGAUUUGAACGUCCCAGCAAUAUCGCAAUGGCGUCCACCGGAGGUAGCACCAGGGAGCCCUGGACCGGCGAGACAAAAUCCAAGUUUAACGGCAAAGACAGAAGCGAGUUCCUUGAUCCAUGCCAGGAGGCUGCCACGAAAAGCAUCCGGUGUCUGCACCGCAACCAGGGUGACCGAACCAUGUGCUCCGAUUACUUCCAGGCAUACAGAGAUUGCAAGAAGAUUUGGAUCGAGAAGCGCAGGAUAGAGAGCAAACGAGGAGGCAAUGCUUAA